GUGUUUGCAGGUCUCGUAACUGUCUGCUGGGGUGGUCUGGUCCCACAACAAGAGAAAGGAGGGUUCUGGGUGUGUGUAGAGGACAUAUAUAUUCAGACUUUAGAGGGAGACACACUUUCCACAGCCGGCUCAGUACAGAUGUAGAGAUAAAGAGAGAAGUUACAGAGAGAAAGUGAGAUGAGAGAAGACAGAAUAUUGCUUCACAAGGAUCAUCAUCAUCACAGCAUCUCAGAAAGGAUUUCAUCCAAACUGAAGAAGUAGCCUGAGAUCAUUGGAGUCAGUAGACGAAGAAAGAAGUGGAGGUGAUAAGGACGCUGGAAACACUGUUGGAAUCUGGGCCCAGAAACACCUGCACCAGGAGUUUGGACUUAUUGUUUCUAGACAUUGUUCUGACAAAACUACACUGGGACCUCCAAUGAUUUUAAUGGCACAUGAUUUUAUAUGAAAACCAAGGAGAUGGAUGCACAGAUGUCAGAUGCAGACUUCCUCACGCCCCCCUCUCAGUCUCCCCGUCCCCUCUUCCACUGCGACUACAGUGACUGGUCUCCCUCCUUCUCCAUCAUCCCAUCAGUCUACCUCUUGGCCUUCCUGGUUGGUUGCCUCGGCAACAGCUUGGUGCUGUGGGCCUACCUGGACCGAGCUGACGGGAGAGGAAUGAGGACUGGAGGACAGCUGUGUUGCGCUGGUAGAUUUCACCACGGGUCGUUUCCACAGAAGAAGACAGAAACCUGUGGCUCCUCCUCAGGACAAAGAGCCUCCUCUCACUCCUCCACCUCCUCCUCUUACCCUCCCACCAUCCCACGUCCCUCUCGUUCACUGACAGACUCUCUCAUAGCCAGUUUAGCGUUAGCUGACCUCUGCUUCCUUGUGACUCUCCCUCUGUGGGCCGUCUACACAGCGAUGGGCUACCACUGGCCUUUUGGGCAAACGCUGUGCCAGAUCAGCAGCUUCCUCACUGCACUCAACAUGUACGCCAGUGUCUUCAGCCUGAGCAUGCUCAGUGUGGAGCGGUACUGGGUUCUGACUGGGCGUCGGCACUCCAGCCACCACACUCCUCAGAGGUGCCCCAGCAGGGCUUUGUGGGUACUCGGAGGGGUGUGGGUGCUGGCGGGUGUGCUGGCACUUCCUGGUCUGCUGCUGCGCUCUGUCAGAGAGGUGGACCCUGAAUCUGAUUAUGACUGGGAGCUGGAGACAAUUCAUCCAACCACUGACUCUGGAUCAGUCUUCCUGUCCUGUCAGAUGGAUUACUCCAUGCUGACUGGCGCAGAGCUGGAGGAGACGGAUCGAGAGAGGGCAGAGAUGUGGUGGGCGGCUGCCUUGAGUCUUAAAUCAACUCUUAUUGGCUUCCUGCUUCCUCUUGUCAUCCUCUUGGUCUGCUACUGCUCACUGGCCCAGCUCCUCAGCAGACAUUUUGGACGGGGCCCUCGUCCUGACCGCAGGCGCCAGCGAAGACUCCUAAGGGUCAUCGUCACCUUAGUGAUGGCCUUCUUCCUGUGCUGGCUGCCUCUGCAUGUUAAUAAGACUGUUUCCUUUCUGCUGGAGUUUGGUUUUGUCCCUUACUCCUGCUCUUUGGAUCAGAUUUUACUGGCCGCUCAGCCGUACGUCACCUGUUUAGCUUAUCUCAACUCCUGCCUCAACCCUCUCCUGUACGCUGCCUGUGACCCCUCAUUCAGGAAGAGAUGCAGAGGAGCUCUCCUGGUGUUGUGCACGACCUGUAGAAGAGGAGGAGAGGGAAGGGAGGGGAAGAAAGAUGAAGGACAGGAAGAGAAAGAGGAAAGGAGUUCAGCUUUUCCCACAGGAACACAAGAGGAAACAGCAGAUAGGACG